AUGGGUGCCGCUGCAGCAGCAGAAGCAGCAGCAGCAGCAGCAGCACAAGCAGCAGCAGCAGAAAGAGCAGCAGCAGAAAGAAAAGCAGCAGAAAUAGCAGCAGCAGUUGUUCGGUUAACCGCAAAACGAGCUGCAGCAGCAGCAGCAGCAGCAGCAGAAGCUGCUGCAGCAGCAGUACGUGCACCAACCAACAAAGCAAAGGAAGCUGUAGCAGCAUACACUGCAGCAAGAGAAGCAGCAGCAGCACAAGCGUCAGCAACACAAGCUGCAGCAGCAGAAGCAGCAGCAGAAGCAGCAGCAGAAGCAGCAGCAGCACACGCUUCAGCAACACAAGCUGCAGCAGCAGAAGCAGCAGCAGAAGCAGCAGCAGCACAAGCUGCAGCAGCAGAAGCUGCAGCAGCGGAAGCUGCAGCAGCAGAAGCUGCAGCAGCACAGGCUGAAACAGCAGACGCAGCAGCAGCAGAAGCAAAAGCAGCAGCAGCAGCAGCAGCAGCAGCAAACAGUGCAGCAGCACAGGCCGUCGAGGAGGGGAUGCUGUUAGUAUCUUCUGCUGCUGCAGCAGCAAUAGCGGGGAGGAGACAGGUAUCUGAGGCAGCAGCAGCAGCAGCAGCAGCUGCUGCUGCUGCUGCUGAGAUUGUUCAGAAGACAGCAGCAGCAGCAGACAACUGCCAGGAAGCAGAAGCUCGAUGUGCUGCAGCAGCAGCAGCAGCAGCAGCAGCAGAAACAAUGACAAAAAGAGCAGCAGAAGACGCAGCUGCUUUGCUGCUGCAUGCAUCUGCUGCUGAGGGGCAGCUGCAUGGCACUGCUGCUGCUGCUGCUGCUUCCAGUCACGCAGCAGCAGCAGCAGCAUCUAGGCAGCAGCUUAUAGAGGAUGCAUGCGUCGUAGUAAAGGCUGCAGCAGCAGAAGCGCAGCAAGCAGCAGCAGCAGCAACACGACAAGCAGCAGCAGCAGGACAGCAUCUCAAGGGUAGUGCUGCUGCAGCUCAGGGGGCACAACAGGCAGCAGCAACUGCUGCUGCUGCUGCUGCUGCACUGCAGCAGCACAAAGAAGAAGCAGCAGCAGAUGCAGAUGCAAUAAGAAGAAACAGAGAAGCAGCUGUUGCUCAUGCUGCUGGGCUGCAGCAGCACAUUCGUGCUGCUGCAGCAGGAGCUAAGGAGGUGCAGCAGCAUGCAGCAGCAGCAGCUGCUGCUGCAGCAGAAGCAAAGGAAACGCAGCAGCAAGCAGCAGCAGCAGCAGCUGCUGCUGCUGCUGCUGCUGAGGAGAAACACCAAAAAGCAGAUGAAUGGCAGGGCCUCGCAAAAGCUGCUGCUGCUGCUGCUCAGGAAGCUGCUGCUGCUGCAGAUGAAAUCCUAUCAACUAUGCAGCAGCAGCAGCAGCAGCAGGCUGCUGCUGCUGCUGCUGCUGCUGCUAAGGGGGAAGCAGCCAGAGCGCAGGAGACCAGAGCGCAGGAGAGUGAGCAGACAGACGCUGCUGCUGCAGCAACGCAGCAGCAGCAGCAGCAGCAGCACAGGGAAGCAGCAGCAGCAGAUGCUGCAGCAGCGCAUGCACGCAAAGAUAUUGCUGAAGCAGCAGCAGCUGCGCUGCAGCAGCAAGUGAAUGAGGCAGCAGCAGCAGCAGCAGCAGAGCUGCGGCAAUGGACGUCUGCUGCUGCUGCUGAGUUGGAAGCCCAGAAGGAGGCAGCAGCAGCAGCAGCAGCUGCUGCUGCUGCUGCGGUGCAGCAGCAACAGCAGCAAGCCGUAGAGGCAGCAGAACAGGCGAAGCAAGCUGCUGCUGCAGCACAAGCUGCUGCUGAUGCUGCUGCUCAAUCAGCAGCAGACAGCGAGCAGCAGCGCUCUGCCUCUGCUGCUGCUGCUGCUGCUGCUGCUGCUACUGCUUCUGCUGUAGCUGAAGGCACCGUGAAGGAGGAGAUGGUAGCAGCAGCAGACGAAGCAGCAGCAGCAGCAGAUGCAGCAGCAACACAGCAGCACAAGGAAGCAGCAGCAGCAGAUGCAGCAGCAACAGAGCAACACAAAGAAGCAGCAGCAGCAGAUGCAGCAGCAACAGAGCAGCACAAAGCAGCAGCAGCAGAUUGUGCUGCUGCAGCAGAAACUGCUGCUCUCAGGUGUAUAGCCACCGUAACACAGCUGCGGCAGCUAGCUGACUUCACUGCAGCAGCAGUUGCUGCUGAUAGGCGGCUGCUGCAGCAGUCUGUACGAGCAGCAGCAGCAGCAGCAGCAAAGUCUCAGCAGCAAGUAGAAUCCCUUCGUGCUGCAGCAGCAGCAGCAGCAGCACAAGUCGUCGGCCAUAGAAAUGUCGCUGCUGCUGCGCAUGCAGAAGCACUUGCUGCAGCAGAAUCAGCAGCAGAUGCUGCAGCAGCUGCUGCUGCUGCUGUUGGGCCUGCACGGACAGCUGAAAGGAUAGCAGCAAGAGGAGCAGCAGCAGCAGCUGCUGCUGCUGCUGCUUCCUUCGAUGCAUCGGAGCAGGCUAAAGCAGCAGCAGCAGCAGCAGCAGCAGAAGCAGACGCAACAGCAGCAGCAGCAGCAGCAGCAGCAAAAGCAGCUAAAACUGAGAGGGGCCUGAUACCACCAUCAUCUGUUGGUGCAGCAGCAUCUGCAGCAGCAGCAGCAGCAGCAGCAGCAGCAGAACGUGCUGCAGCAGCAGAAGUAGCAGCAGCUUCUGCUGCAGCUAAAGCAGCAAACAGCGAAGCAGCCUGCUGCACUGCAGCACGAGGAGCUGUUGCUUCUGCUGCAGCAGCAGCAGCAGCACUCAAGGCAGAGAAAGUAGCAGCAGAAUGGGCAACCCUCACACUAGCAGCAGCAGAUGUAUUUACACAGGGGCCCCCCCCGCCCCAGCACGCAGACUGUACCCUACCCGGGGGGCCCCCCCUGGCUGGGGGGCCCCCCCAUGGGGGGCCCUCGCAUGGGGGGCCCCCUCAUGGGGGGCCCCCUGCUAGGGAAGAGGUAAGCGAGGGGAGCAGCAACUGCAGCAGAGACAGAGACACAGUUGGCGCUGCUGCUGCAGCAGAAGCAGCAGCAACUGCAGCAGCAGCAACAGCAGCAGCUAAAACUCCGCGCGCUGUAGAUGCGGAAGUACAAACGAAUAUACCCAGUACAAGCAGCAGCAGCAGCAGCAGCAGCAGCAGCAACAGCAGCAGCAGCAGCAGCAAAGGUGGCAGCAAUGCCUCCAAAUACAGCAGACGCAACAGCAACGGUGGCUGCAGCAACAGCAGAAUAAGCAACAGCAGCAGCAACAGCAACAACAGCCGCAGCAGCAACAUCAGCAGCAGCAGCAGCAACAGCAGCAGCAGCAGCAGCAGCAGCAAGAGUUGGUGCCGCUCUGAUAGCGCGCGUGCUGCUGUCCCCACGGAGCCGUGGGGAUCGGAGACAGCCGAAUGCACCCCCAGGCCAAGGCUGCGUAGAAGCAGCAGCAGCAGCAGCAGCAGCAGCAGCAGCAGCUGCAACAAAGCUAGCAGCAAUGAAAGGGGCAGCAGUCGUGCCGUUAGCAGCAGGAACAGUGGCAACAGCAACAGCAGCAACAGCAACAGCAGCAGCAGCAACAGCAGCAGCAACAGCAGCAGCAGCAGCAACAACAGCAACAGCAGCAACAGCAACGGCAACAGCAGCAGCAGCUGCAACGACAGCAGCAGCAGCAACAGCAGCAGCAGAGAGGAGGCCUUGCAUGUGGUCAGGCGGAGGCCCUAUACGGGUGUACAGACAGAAGAGAGAAACUAUGCUGCAUCAUCUGCUGCUGCUGCUGCUGCUGCUGCUGUUGCUGCUGCUGUUGCUUCUGCUUCCGCUGCACGGCUGGCCCAACGUGGUCUCAGCAACUCACCGGCUGUCAGCAGCAGCAGCAGCAGCAGCAGCAGCAGCAGCAGCAGCAGCAGCAGCAAUAGAACGUUAUCCCGGAAGCAGCAGCAGCAGCAGCAACAGCAACAGCAGCAGCAGAAGCAGCAGAAGCAGAAGCAACAGCAAGCUUCUCCAAAACAGCCGCAGCAGCACCAACAAGAGCAGCAACAACAACAAGAGCAUCAGCAGCAGAAGCGACACCAGCAGCAGCAGCAGCAGCAGCAGCAGCAGCAGCAGCAGCAACAGCAGCGGCAGCAGCAGCAGCUACAUGCGCAACGCGAGGGGGCCCCACCCAGCUGCACGUGGUGCCGAUCACCCUUCUGGGGGCCCCCCAAAGGAGGGUACAGUGGGGGGCCCCCCAGUACCCUGGGGGCCCCCCACCGUACCCUGGGGGCCCCCCACCGUACCCUGGGGGGCCCCCGUACCCUGGGGGGCCCCGGUACCCUGGGGGGGCCCCGUACCCUGGGGGCCCCCGGGGGCCCCCGUUUAGGGUUCGAAGAGGAGACAGCCAUCCAGCAGUCGCUGCAGCAGACGCUAGCAGCAGAAAGGAGACGGAGACAAGAAAGAAAAACAAACCUACUCAUACAAAACAAAGUAAAUAAAUAUAUAAAUAUAAAUAUAUAA